AACUUUUCAUUCGAAAACACGCAUGAGUUCGUUAUUGAUACACAUAAGACAAACUACAUGAAUGUUACUUCCGGUUUGUCAAAUGCGUGUUUCUUUAAUUUUUUUUUUUUUUUCCAUUUUCCCGGAAAUUACAGUUUCACCUCGCGUUUUAACGUCACGCAUGUUGUCAGACGACUUUCUAAAAGUUGCUUAUGCAGCAAAUAUUUGCUUUAAGAGAGCUAUUACUUUUACUAGCUGGGGAGUGACCGCGUCUAGAGGUUUCCAGUUCAUGUCAAGACAACAUGGCUCCUCAUCCCAUAGUCCAAGCCGUCAUUGACUUCACCGCUGGAGCGGCGGGUGGAACGGCGUGCGUUCUGAGCGGGCAGCCACUGGACACCGUCAAAGUGAAGAUGCAAACGUUCCCUGGCAUGUACCGAGGCUUCGUUCACUGCUUGCUAUCCACCUUCAGACAAGUGGGGGUGCGCGGCCUCUACAAGGGCACCACCCCGGCGCUGCUCGCCAACGUCUGCGAGAACUCGGUGCUCUUUCUUAGCUACGGCUUCUGCCAAGACGUGGUCCGAUAUUUGGCUGCCGUGGAGGCAGGCCGAGGACUCAGCGAUUUUCAGAAAGCCUCCUCCGGUUCUUUGGCCUCUAUCUUCUCCUCGUUGGUGCUGUGCCCCACCGAGCUGGUCAAAUGUCGCCUGCAGGCCAUGUAUGAGAUGGAAGCGUCCGGCAAGAUCACGCGAGGACAGCAAAAGGUUUGGUCGGUGGUGAAGUCAGUGAUGGAGACCGACGGUCCGCUGGGUUUCUACCAAGGACUGACGUCCUCCCUCUUGAGGGAGUUUCCGGGCUACUUCUGUUUCUUCGGCGGUUACGAAUUCAGCCGCUCCACCUUCGCUCGUUACAUGGGGACGGACAAGGAGGGCAUCGGAACGGCGGCGCUGAUGUUCAGCGGCGGUUUCGGCGGCGCUUGCCUCUGGCUCUUGAUCUACCCCAUCGACUGCGUCAAGUCCAGAAUCCAAGUCUACUCCUUAGCCGGGAGGCAGGAGGGCUUCCUGAAGACCUUCCUGGGGAUCGUACGCAAUGAGGGCUUUCGCGCGCUUUACUCGGGCCUCACCCCUACCAUGAUUCGGACUUUCCCUGCCAAUGGCGCCCUCUUCUGGGCUUACGAGUUCACGCGGAAGUUCAUGAUGGAGGCGGCGGGCGCCUGAAGCUGGUCCUCGAUAAGUUUAGUCCUGUUUAUGAUUGGUGUUGCACCGAUACCAUUUUUUGGCAUCCGAUACUGACUCCGACUGUGUGGUAUCGCCUAACGACGAUACUGUACUGAUACCCAAUUUUAUAAAAAAAAUCCCAAAAAACGAUUCCAUGUCACUUCCUGUUCAUUUUAGAUCAUUUCCUGUUGAUUUUAGGGCAUUUACGGGACACUUUUUUGUUGCUUUUACAGGUCACUUCCUGUUCAAUAGUCACUUCCUGCAAUUUUGGGGAAUUUCCAGGUCACUUAUUGUUCAUUUUGGGACACUUUUUGUCGCUUUUAUGGGUUACUUCCUGUUCAAUGACCACUUCCUGUUGAUUUUGGAACACUUUUUUGGUGAUUGUACGGGUCACUUAAUGUUGAGUGUUCACUUUCUCCGAUUUUGGGUAAUCUCUGUCAGUUCCUGUUGGUUUUGGGACACUUUUUGUCACUUUUACGGGUCACUUGGCCGGUUCAGUGGUCACUUCCUGCAAUUUUGGGGAAUUUCUGGGUCACUUCCUGUUGAUUUUGGGACAUUUUUUGGAUGUUUUUAUGGGUCAACUCCUUUUGACUGGCCACUUUCUGCAAUUUUGGGGAGUUUUCGGAUCACUUUCUGUUGAUUUUAAUGGACACUUUUGUUGCUUUCACGGGUCAUUUCCUGUUCAAUGUUCACUUCCUGGGGUUUUGGGGGAUUUACAGGUCACUUCCUGGUGAUUUUGGGACACAUUUUUUGUUGCUUUUACGGCUCAUUUCCUGUUCAGUGUUCACUUCCUGGGGUUUUGGGUGAUUUCUAGGUCACUUCCUGCUGAUUUUAGGACACUUUGUCAUUGAUUUUACGGCUCCCUUCCCGUUCAAUGUUAACUUUCACCGAUUUUGGGUCAUUUCUGUGUCACUUGGUUGGUUUUGGGAGACUUUUGUCGCUUUUACGGGUCACUUCCUGUUCAAUAGUCACUUCCUGCAAUUUUGGGGAAUUUCCAGGUCACUUAUUGUUCAUUUUGGGACACUUUUUGUCGCUUUUAUGGGUUACUUCCUGUUCAAUGACCACUUCCUGUUGAUUUUGGAACACUUUUUUGGUGAUUGUACGGGUCACUUAAUGUUGAGUGUUCACUUUCUCCGAUUUUGGGUAAUCUCUGUCAGUUCCUGUUGGUUUUGGGACACUUUUUGUCACUUUUACGGGUCACUUGGCCGGUUCAGUGGUCACUUCCUGCAAUUUUGGGGAAUUUCUGGGUCACUUCCUGUUGAUUUUGGGACAUUUUUUGGAUGUUUUUAUGGGUCAACUCCUUUUGACUGGCCACUUUCUGCAAUUUUGGGGAGUUUUCAGAUCACUUUCUGUUGAUUUUAAUGGACACUUUUGUUGCUUUCACGGGUCAUUUCCUGUUCAAUGUUCACUUCCUGGGGUUUUGGGGGAUUUACAGGUCACUUCCUGGUGAUUUUGGGACACAUUUUUUGUUGCUUUUACGGCUCAUUUCCUGUUCAGUGUUCACUUCCUGGGGUUUUGGGUGAUUUCUAGGUCACUUCCUGCUGAUUUUAGGACACUUUGUCAUUGAUUUUACGGCUCCCUUCCCGUUCAAUGUUAACUUUCACCGAUUUUGGGUCAUUUCUGUGUCACUUGGUUGGUUUUGGGAGACUUUUGUCGCUUUUACGGGUCACUUUCAGUCGAGUGGUCACUUCCUGCAAUUUUGGGGAAUUUCUGGGUAACUUCCUGUUGAUUUUGGGAGACUUUUUUGUUGUUUUUAUUUGUCAGUUCCUAUUGACUGGCCUCUUCCUGCAAUUUUGGGAAGUUUUCGGGUCACUUCCUGUUGAUUUGAGGACACUUUUUUGUUUUUAAUGGGUUAGUUCCUCUUGAGUGGCCACUUCCUGCAAUUUUGGGAAGUUAUCGGGUCACUUCCUGUUGAUUUUGGGACACUUUUCUGUUGUUUUUAUGGGUCAGUUCCUAUUGACUGGCCACUUCCUGCAAUUUUGGGAAGUUUUCGGGUCAUUUCCUGUUGAUUUUGGGACACAUUUUUGCCGCUUUUACGGGUCACUUCCUGUUCAAUGCUCACUUUCACCGAUUUUGGGUCAUUUCUGUGUCACUUCCUGUUGGUUUUGGGAGACUUUUUGUCGCUUUUACGGGUCACUUCCUGUUCAAUAGUCACUUCCUGCAAUUUGGGGGAAUUUUUGAAUUGAUUUUGGGACACUUUUUGUUGUUUUUAUGGGUCAAUUUCUAUUGACUGGCCACUUCCUGCAAUUUUGGGGAGUUUUCGGGUCACUUCCUGUUGAUUUUAAUGGACACUUUUGUUGCUUUCACGGGUCAUUUCCUGUUCAAUGUUCACUUCCUGGGGUUUUGGGGGAUUUACAGGUCACUUCCUGGUGAUUUUGGGACACUUUUUUGUUACUUUUACGGGUCAUUUCCUGUUCAAUGUUCAAAUCCUGGGUUUGUGGGUGAUUUCCGGGUCACUUCCUGUUGAUUUUGGGACACUUUGUUGUUGAUUUUACGGGUCACUUCCCGUUCAAUGUUCACUUUCACCGAUCUUAUUUGUCAGUUCCCAUUGACUGGCCUCUUCCUGCAAUUUUGGGGAAUUUCUGGCUAAC